AUGAAUAAUCAACCAAUAAUUAAAGAACAAUGGUUAUGGAGAAAGUGUAUUCCAUUUUUAUAUGAUUUCUUAAUGAUAACACCGUUAAAAUGGCCAACAUUAACAAUUGAUAUACCUGAAAUUACAUUUAGUAUAGAUGAAUCUUACAAUAAUAAUAAUAAUAAUAUAGAAUCUUCUAAUACAUCAAUUAUAUAUCCUAUUAUAUAUGGAACAUAUUCAGCAGGAGCAAAUAAUGAAGGAAAAACAGAAAGUAUUCAUAUAUCAUCUGUUGAAUUACCUCAUCCAGAUAUUGAUUUAUUACAAAAUAAUAAUACUAAAACAAAUGAAAUAAAAUAUUCAAAUCCUGAUAUAAUACCAAUAUAUGAAAUAUCAGUACCAAAAGAAGCAAUUAGAAUUCAAUCGAAAGUUAAUAAAUUUAAUGGAACUUUUGAUAAUGAAUACAUAUGUAUAGCUACAAAACUUAUGAAUGGUUCUAUAUAUAUAUAUAAAUGUUAUAUUGAUUUAAUUAAAUCUAAAACUAUAGAAAAUAAAAAAAGUGAAAAUAUAAUUACUAAUAAAUUAUCUAAUAAAAUUAAUGAUGAUGAUCAUAAUCAUAAUCAUACAUCUUUAAUUCCAGAUAUUAUAUUUUCUGAUCAUUCUUAUACUGGUUAUGGAUUACAAUGGGGUGUAACAAAUUCUUCAUGGUUAUUAUCUGGUAAUGAAGAUUCUUCUAUAUUUAUUUAUGAUAUUGCAAAUAAUAAUAAUUCUAUUAUUUCAUGUAAUAAUAAUUUAAAUCAAUAUAGUAUUAAUGAUAUACAAUGGUUAAAUCCAAUUCUUGCACCAACAUUAUUUUUAUCUGUCAAUCAUAAUGGUUAUUUAACAUUAUAUGAUACAAGAAUUUCAAAUUUAGAUAAUUCUGAAACAUAUAUUUCGAAAUAUUCUCAGGUAUGUAAUAAAUGGAAAAUUUCAGAUCUUCCAUGUAUGUCCUUAUCAGUUAAUCCUAGUAUUUCACAUCUUAUUGCAAUUGGAUCUUAUGAUAAAAAUAUUUAUACAGUCGAUUUAAGACAUAUAUCUAAUAAUAAAAAUUGUAGCUCAAUAAAUCAAGGAAUAUUAAAUACUUUAACAUUUCAUGAUGAUAUUGUUCAUAGAGUAGAAUGGCAUCCUGAUGGGAAUGGUUUAUUAUUAUCUGCUAGUCUUGAUAGAAAAAUUUGUAUUUGGGAUAUAACUAAACAAAGUAAUUUACCAAUUUGGGAACAAUUAGAUAAUAAUAGAAUAAAUAAUAAAUUAUCUGAUAAAAUUUCAUCUACACUUAGACAUAUUAUAGGAGGUAUUGGAACACUUGCUAAUAAAAAUGAGAAACAAUAUAGUCCAUCUGAACUUUUAGGAAUUCAUUCUGGUCAUUCUGGUAUUGUUACAGAUUGUCAUUGGUUAUAUAGCCCUAAUAAUACUACUUGGACUGUUGCAAGUACAGAUAUAUUAAAUAGUUUACAUAUAUGGAGUUUUAAUGAAUCAGCUUUUACUUCUGAAAAUGAUCUUAUUGAAUUAUUAUAUUUACAACAAGAAUGUAAAACUAUAAAUAAUAAUAAUGAAUUAUUUAAUACUUUAGAAUCUUUCCAAGAAUUAAUUAAUAAAUAA